CUCCUUCCCCCCCAUCAGUCCCUCCAUCCCCGGUCCCGGGCGGGCGGGCGGGGCCCGGCGGAGGCGCAGACAUGGCCGCGCUCGCGGAGCCUCUGGGGCUGGAACGGGACGUGUCCCGGGCAGUGGAGCUCCUGGAGCGCCUCCAGCGCAGCGGGGAGCUGCCCCCCCAGAAGCUGCAGGCCCUCCAGCGAGUCCUGCAGAGUCGCUUCUGCUCAGCCAUCCGAGAGGUGUACGAACAGCUCUAUGACACUCUGGAUAUCACCGGCAGCGCAGAGAUCCGGGCUCACGCCACAGCCAAGGCCACGGUAGCGGCCUUUGCUGCCAGCGAGGGCCAUGCCCACCCCCGGGUGGUCGAGCUGCCUAGGACAGAUGAGGGCCUGGGCUUCAACAUCAUGGGGGGGAAAGAGCAGAACUCCCCCAUCUACAUCUCCCGAGUCAUUCCUGGUGGUGUGGCUGACCGACACGGCGGCCUCAAGAGAGGGGACCAGCUACUCUCCGUCAAUGGAGUGGUGAGCUGCCCACAAAGCCCUGGGCCGGGGGAGAGGCUUGGGAUGGUCUGGGAAGCUGGGAAUAAGACAGGGAGAAAAAAAACCAAGCACCCCCAGCCUUUCACCAGUAGGACCCCAGAGGGGAGAGGUGCACCCCAGCUUCCCUUGGGAGGCAGGAGCCAAAUCAGGAUUUGUAGCCAAGGUUCCCAAUUGUAGUUCUUGUAGGAAGGCUCCCAGGAGGAGGAGGAGGAGGAGGUCCACGGGGUUGAGGAAGGCUCUUUGGGGAGCCUGGAACUGGCCCUCUGGAGGGAGGCAGCAGCAAGGGGAGGGCAGCAUUGGGGAAGGGUUCCAGGGAGCGGCCUGGUUGGAUGGGGAUCUCCCCGGACAGAGUGUGGAAGGAGAGCAACACGAGAAGGCCGUGGAGCUGCUCAAGGCCGCUCAAGGCACCGUCAAGCUGGUCGUCCGGUACACGCCCCGCGUGCUGGAGGAGAUGGAGGCCCGGUUCGAGAAGAUGCGCUCAGCUCGGCGGCGCCAGCAGCAUCAGAGCUACUCGUGAGAGGCAGCUAUUACCGUUCUCGUAGCCUCCCCAGGCCCAUUAGCCCUUGCCAGCUGCCCCUUAAUCCUGCCCUACUGCUUUACCCUUGCCAAGCCCCUCUGCCCCUUACCAAGUCUUCCUUAGCUCUUGCCAAGCCUCCUAACCGUUCCCAAGAGGAACCAAGCCCCCAUUGUGCCCCUUAAGCCUUCUCACGUCCCCUGAUCGCUGUUGGCCUGCCAAGUGUUCGAGAGCCCCCAGGCAUAGCAGUACCCUGCAUCUACCAUUGGACAGCCAUUAUUUCAUUUGCUUGUCCCAAUUAGCCAGUGAGGCGGGCACGGAGGUCACUCAGUCGAUUGACUAGCAUUUAUUUAUGGGCCAGGCACUGUCUUAAGUGCUCAGGCUGCAACAAAACACAGGCUCUUGCUUUCAAGAAGGGGCCGUGCAAAUACGGAGGGACUUUGUGGCCCAUUUUACAAAGGGGAAACCAAGGCUCGGAGUCACGAACACCUGUGUGUCCAGCUAGUAAAUACUGGAGGAGGGCGUAGAAUGCAGCUCUCUGUUUCUGCCAGAACGAAGGCUCUGGGCCUUUUAAAGGGUGUGUCACUGACCCCUUUGGCCCUGGCUGCUAAACUCAUUGACCCCUCCGCAGAGGCAUGCUUUUGGCUCACACGUACAAUGGCAGGACGUACAAGAUUCCAGCAAGAAGGCAGUGAAAAGAGAGAUGGAAUUUAGGGUUCCUCGCCCAAGUCAGGGGCUCGGGGGUGUCCAUUUGUGGGCCCCAGGUUAAGAUCCCCUGGUCUAGACUGUGCUGUCUUUCCUCAGCCAUCUGAGAGCUUCCAGAACCCCUGAGAGUCCCCUGAGCCCAGAGGAGCCAGGGGACAUGAACCCAGAGAGACCUGAGCAUGAAUCUGUCAUAAACACCAGUGAUCUCAGUGGUUAGGGGCAAAGCACUUCAUAUCUCCCCUGAGCACUCAAGGUCAAUGGCUAGUAGUAUCUACCUUGGGGGGGGGGGGAGGCUCAAAUGGCCCUAGUCGUGCAAAACACUGUGCACACUUGAAGAGCCCAGCUAGUCACCUUUCUUGCCCCUUGGACCUUACAAAGCUAUUUGGGGUUUACAAUGCUCUCUCUGCUUACACUCUCUCUCUCCGUCCCCCUCUUCUCCCCACACAGGUCCCUGGAGUCUCGAGGCUGAGCUCUCCUGGACUUGGUUCCUGGUCCUCAACCCUUGACUAUGAGCCCUCUCUCCCGCUUAGCCCUCUCUGGCCCCUCUGUACAGUAUUAUUUAUUGACCCAGUCUUUCCUUAGACCCUAUUUAAAGCUCUUCUUUCCCGGC